AUGGAAAUUGAGGACGACGGAGGAACCCACAGCCAUGCCGCCGCCGCCGCCACCGAGGGGCAGAGACGGGGAGAACAGCGAGGGACUUACCUUGUGUGGGAGGAUCUCACGGUGGUGCUUCCGAAUUUCCGAGAUGGGCCCACCAAAAGACUCCUCAAUGGCCUCCGUGGCUACGCCGAGCCCGGCCGGAUCAUGGCCAUUAUGGGCCCUUCCGGCUCCGGCAAAUCCACCCUUCUUGAUACUCUCGCAGGAAGACUCUCCAAGAAUGUGGUAAUGACUGGAAACAUUUUUCUCAAUGGAAAGAAGAGGAAGUUCGGAUAUGGCGACAUUGCGUAUGUGACCCAAGAAGAUAUAUUAUUGGGAACUCUGACUGUGAGAGAAACCAUUAGCUACUCAGCCCAGCUGCGGCUUCCGAGUUCUACGACCAAAGAUGAGGUUGAUAACAUCGUCCAGGCAACCAUUUUGGAAAUGGGUCUUCAAGAUUGUGCCGAUCGAAUGAUUGGGAACUGGCAUCUUCGAGGGAUCAGUGGAGGGGAAAAGAAGAGAUUGAGUAUUGCUGUUGAAAUCCUCACGCGACCUCGUUUGCUUUUUCUUGAUGAACCCACCAGCGGCCUCGACAGUGCCUCGGCGUUCUUCGUCAUUCAAUCUCUAAGAAAUGUGGCUCACGAUGGACGGACUGUUGUUUCUUCAAUUCAUCAGCCGAGUAGUGAGGUUUUUGCUCUCUUUGAUGACCUUUUUUUGCUCUCUGGAGGUGAGGCUGUGUACUUUGGGGAAGCUAAAAUGGCUAUUCAGUUCUUUGCUGAAGCUAAUUUUCCAUGUCCUAGUAGAAGGAAUCCAUCUGAUCAUUUUCUUCGUUGCAUAAACUCGGAUUUCGAUAUCGUUACUGCGACACUCAAGGGGUCUCUAAGUAUUCGAGACAUCCCGGAAUCAUCCGACCCUUUCAUGAAUUUGGAAACAGCCCAAAUUAAGUCAACGCUUGUUGAAAAAUAUAGGAGCUCGAAGUACGCAAGUAGGGUGAAGGCAAGAAUUCGAGAAAUAUCCACCAUUGAGGGACUUGAAGUAGAGAAGGAAAAAGGAGAUAAAGCUAGUUGGUUGAAGCAGCUCUCAACAUUGACCCGUCGAUCAUUUGUGAAUAUGAGUAGGGACGUGGGAUACUAUUGGCUAAGGAUAAUUAUCUAUGUGAUAGUCUCCUUAUGUGUUGGUACCAUCUACUUCGAUGUUGGAACAAGUUACACUGCAAUCUUGGCUCGAGGAGCCUGCGGUGGAUUCAUAACUGGCUUUAUGACAUUCAUGACUAUAGGGGGCUUUCCAUCUUUCAUUGAGGAAAUGAAGAUGUUCUACCGAGAAAGGCUCAAUGGGUACUAUGGAGUUACAGUGUUUAUAUUGUCAAACUUCCUCUCUUCUUUCCCAUUUUUGGUUUUGAUUUCAGUCGCUUCUGGGACUAUCACCUUCUACAUGGUGAAGUAUCGCCCAGAGUUCUCCCGCUACAUGUUCUUCUGCCUCAAUAUUUUUGGCUGCAUUUCUGUUAUAGAAGGAUUGAUGAUGGUUGUGGCUUCAUUGGUUCCAAACUUUCUUAUGGGAAUUAUAACAGGCGCUGGAGUCAUUGGUAUCAUGAUGAUGACCUCUGGCUUCUUCCGAUUAUUGCCCGACCUUCCGAAGCCAUUUUGGCGGUAUCCUAUCUCGUAUCUCAGCUAUGGCUCUUGGGCACUACAGGGUGCCUACAAAAAUGACUUGAUUGGGCUUGAGUUCAACCCAUUGAUACCUGGCAUGCCAAAGUUGAGUGGCGAGUAUGUAAUCACCAACAUGUAUGGGAUUCCAAUAAACCAUUCCAAAUGGUGGGACUUAACAGCUCUCAUGUUCCUUGUUCUUCUUUACCGAAUUCUCUUCUUUGUUGUAUUGAAAUUCAAGGAAAGAGCUACGCCAUUGCUGCGGACAAUGUUCACAAAGAAAACUUUGCAACACCUUCAGAGGAGACCUUCCUUCAGGACAAUACCGCCUUCUAUUACCUCUAAGAGGCACCAGCCUCUUCACUCACUCUCUUCUCAAGAAGGUCUCAACUCUCCUCUCAACUAAGAAGCUCCAAGGACAAUAACUUGGAAAGCAUGUACCUAUAACAAUGUAACUAAUAAGAGGUAUGUAAGUAGCUACAGAUCCAUAUGUCAAGGAAAGGAAAAGAAGGAGAUAGUAAAUAUAUAGAAUUUCAUACGA